AUGAAAAUCUCUAGCAAUUUAUGUCGUUGUCAAACGAUGGAACCAGAACCGGUACUACAGUAAUAUUCGUGACAAAUAUAACCUCUUUUCGUAAUGCAUCGAUAACAAGACUAAAGUAUAUUGUAUUUAAUUCAAAUAAGACUCACAUCCACAAAAAUGGUAAGCAUCGAACUUUCCCUGAAAUAAUUUAAUAAUCAUAUUUUUAAACUAAAUAAUUAUCGAGUAAUUAUUACUAAUUACCUUAGAAAUUACCAUUAAUAAAUAAUCAUCAAGUAAUUUUAUGGAUUGCAGUAAUGAUUUUAAAAUGAGAAUAAAUUAUACAUUAUAUUACAUAAAUUAUAUAUAUUUUUCUGUAGGACGUACAAAGGCAUUCUGUACAUACUCUCGUAUUUCGAUCAUUAAAGAGAACACACGAUAUGUUUUUAUUAAAUCAAGGUAAUUUACCACCUGUGGAUCCUAGCUUGCAGAAAAUGAAAAAAUUUGUGAAAGCAAAAGAUUCUUACGGUCCUGUGUUGGAACGUGUUAAAACUAACAAUACAAUGAAAGCACAAAAUGACAAUGAAAAUGCGGAUCCUCCUCCACCAGGCGAUGAAUCUUUUGGAGGAAGUAAUACCGGUGCAGUUGUACCUUAUAAUCCUAUGCAAAACAAUACCGUAGUAGCAACGCCACAAGUAAAUUCAGGGGGAAGUUCGGUUAAUAUGUCAUUGCUCGUACCACAAAAAAAGACACCUUCUAUGGCAAAACCCAAGUGGCACGCACCAUGGAAAUUAUACAGGGUUAUCAGUGGUCAUCUUGGUUGGGUAAGAUGUUGCGCCGUCGAACCAGGAAACGAAUGGUUCGCAACAGGAUCAGCAGACAGAGUAAUUAAAAUAUGGGAUCUUGCGAGUGGUAAAUUGAAAGUUUCUUUGACCGGUCACAUAAGUAGCGUUCGCGGACUCGCAUUCUCUCAAAGACAUCCAUAUCUAUUUUCUUGCGGAGAAGAUCGGCAAGUAAAGUGCUGGGAUCUUGAGUACAACAAGGUUAUAAGACAUUAUCACGGUCAUUUAUCAGCUGUAUAUUCCAUGGCAUUACAUCCUAGCAUCGAUGUAUUAGUAACUGCAGGUAGAGAUUCUACUGCAAGAGUAUGGGAUAUGCGUACAAAAGCAAAUGUACAUACGCUCGUUGGUCACACCAACACAGUUGCUAGUGUAAUUUGUCAAACAGCCGAACCACAGAUUGUCACUGGAAGCCACGAUUGUACCAUACGAUUGUGGGAUUUAGCUGCUGGAAAAUCCAGAGCUACUUUAACGAAUCACAAGAAAAGUAUAAGAGCUGUGACUUUCCAUCCAUCGCUAUACAUGUUUGCAUCAGCAUCUCCAGAUAACAUUAAACAGUGGAAAUGCCCAGAAGGAAAAUUUAUUCAGAACUUAUCAGGUCACAAUGCAAUAGUUAAUUGUUUAGCUGUUAAUGCCGACGGCGUAUUAGUUUCUGGAGCAGACAAUGGCACUAUGCACCUUUGGGACUGGAGAACAGGGUAUAAUUUUCAACGUCUACAAGCACCCGUUCAACCGGGUUCGAUGGACAGCGAAGCCGGAGUAUUUAGCAUCACGUUCGAUAUGUCUGGUACUCGCAUGAUCACAACAGAAGCAGAUAAAACAAUUAAAGUUUACAAAGAAGAUGAUACCGCUGUAAGAAAAUUUUAUCUUUCAAACGUUAAUCACGCUAAUCGAUCAAUUUAAAAAAAGAGAUUAUUUUUUUUUAUCAUUGUUUUCAGACCGAAGAGACACAUCCUGUAAAUUGGAGACCGGAUAUAAUAAAGCGAAGAAAAUAUUGA